AUGCCACAGAGCUCACCGAAGCAGUCCCGAACUCCGACAGCAGCGACGACGACGAGUAACGCGGAAUCUACCUCCGCCGCACCGGCACACGCGCCACCGCUGCCGCGCCACCCGUGCACCAACGCGGAGAAGAACGUGUCAUCGUGGAGUGAAGCCAGCGCGAGGAAGACGGAGGGCCAAGCGGGGAGCAUAGCAGGAGUCGAGCAGCAGCAACAGCGUUGCUCGCCUCUCCUCAAGGAUGGAAAUAGAAAUUUCGUGGUAAAUUCGAGCUCCACCAAGCCACAGUUGCGCCAUGGCGGCCACAACAGCCAUGUGGAGCGCGCACCCGUCUCGGUGCUGUCGCAGCCCCCGACCGCGGCGUCCAGCAACAUGAACAGCGCCGGCCCGUCGCCGAGUCUCGCCCCGUCCGUGCACCUCUCGUCGCCCUCCAACGACAACAACCACAACAACCCGUCCCUGCCGUUGUCAUCGAUGCUGUCGGAGUCGUCGUAUAUGCAGGGGGAGCGGCAACGCACCUCGGGCGUGAACACCGCCGUGGCAUCUACGCGGUUUGCAGAGAUGUCGCCCAUGUCCUUUUUAAUUGACAUCCCGUCGUUGCAGGACCACGGACCUCUUCCGCCUCCUCCUGCUGCUGCUGCUGCUGCUGCUGCUUCCUCGUCAUCCCACGCCACCUUCACGAAUCCCGGCUGCUCACCCGCCACCACCACGGCGCCGUCUGCGGUGCAAGUCGUCGACGCCUUCGCACCGCCGUCACCCCCGCGGGGAGGUCGCAACGCCGCCGCGACGUCGCGCGCACGCCACGCCGGAGAGGCGGCAGCAGCAGCAGCGACGGUGCAUCGCGCCUCGGCGUCUCGCGGGCCGUUGCCAACGACGACGCAGCCACGGGUCGCACCGAACGGGUCGCCGACGGGGGUCCUGGACGUAUCUCUUUCCGAGUGGGAGGAGACAACGCCCACCGCCUCCAACACCGUGUUGUCCGUCUUUGCUGCGCCUUCCAACGCGGUGCGGCGGGGCACCACUGGCGCUGCAGCAGCGACGACGACGACGACGGGUUCAGACUCGGAGGACGUUCUAUCUGGUGGUCCGGCCCCGCGUCGCAGCAACACGAUGGCAGCCCUUCCGACCCAGCAGCAGCGGCAGCGGCACGAGCCACCGAUGACGCACCUCGCCCUUUCACUCCCGACGGAUUCCGCGGAGCUGACACGGCACAACCUGCUCGCGGUGUGUGGCGGUGGCCCCUCCAUCGCCGUGCCCGUCCUCGCGGCAAUGUCUUCGGCGUCUGUUGUGUUGUUCGACACCUCCGCCACUUCCGCGACGGCCUCCGAGGCGAGUGCGACCCCCCCUCAAAAAGGUGGAGGAACGGCUACAGAAGGCGGCAACACCGACAACGCAGCAGCGAACAGCGGCGGGAGGAAGGAGCCGAGGCAAACGGCACCGCAGCUGCGCUUCCCGGAAGGUGCCGCUGUCGAAGCACGCAACAGUGGUGCGCAGGCGGCGCCAUCGACAACACGCGUAGCCCAUUCCCGCACGCGCAGGGAUGACGAAGCAUCGAUUCUACAACCCACAAAGACAUCGCGCGACUGGACCGCGGUCCGGCCCCCGCCACUCCUCUCUCAUGUCCCGUCCAUCGCCGCCGCUGUGGCCCUACCGAGAUACCGGAAGCAGAACGCGACCACCGCAGACUUCAUCGAUGCAAACGCAGCGGAUUCGACCUCUUCGCCAUCCGCCGCGACACGGUCAGCGGCGGCGACGGUCGGCGGGGCUGCCUCGGCCCCCUCUCCGCCGGCUGCACAGCUGUCCAGUCAUCCCCAUCGCGGCGGCACCUUCGUUGCGGCGCCGGUGCUGAACGGGUCGGAUGAAGACGCGUACGAGCUGAACAUCGCCGCAGAGCCGCAGGAGGGCGAGGCGGGCAGCAGCACGAACGAUGACUGGAGCCCCACGAAUGCGGCGGCUGCGUACGACGGGGCAGGCAAGCAAAGGAAAGAAGAGGGGACGGAGGCGGCGUCAAGCACGACCACUGCCGCCUCCCCGCCGGCCCUUUCGCACCACCGUCACCAACCGCAGCUGCUGCAGCACGUCGCCUUCUUCGGCGAUUUCUCGGACGCGUCCCUCGUCUCGUCGAUCUCUUCCUCCUCUUCGGCCGCGCUCUCGCAGGUGACGCCGCUGAGCACGACGCUCAAAUCGGAGAAGCGCACGGCGGCCGCGUCAGCUGCUGCGGUUGCCGCCGCUGGUCACGAUGGUGGUGCGGGAGUGACGUGUGCACCGCUUCUACAGCGCGGACGUCCCUCCGCAGGCGCCAGUACCGCCACGACGCUGAGGACAGCGACGACCACCAUCGUCAGCACCACCACGGCCGCCUACUCCCCCUCCGGUCCGUCGUUCCUCCCGUUAGCUCCUGACCUGGUCGACAGCAUCUCCUCACCCUCUUCGAAGUCUGGCAAAGACAGCACCAGCGGCGGCAACACGAACAGCAACAAUGACAACGGAUCGCUGAGGAGCCCUUCACCGCUGAAUCGCGCGCACGUGCGGGAGGGGGCGCUGCGGCAACAUCGACUCUCCCACGCCGCCACGUACGUCCUCUCGUCCUUCUCCCCUGUUGCGUCGCCGUCGACGUCCAGCCGGGUCAUGGCCUCGACCCUGCCAGCACCACGCCCAGCUCCGCUUGCACCUUCCUCAUCACCGCUGUCGUCACCAUCACCGCUGGCAACGGAGCGCUCACACUCAGGAGACUCCAUCGGCAGCCCGAGUCGGUGCGGAAACGACGUGUUGAGGCGCGGGAACAGAGGAAAGGGCUACCAGUCCGCCUACGCCGACCUCCACGACCACCAACACCAGUCGGAAACGCCCGCAUCGGCGCCACUAGAAAACGAUGGGCCGUCGAGGUCGGCGCCGGCGCAGACGUUGCUGGCGACACCGGCAACGGCGGACCGCCGCAGCCCCGUCGCCGAGCGGGCGCGCAACGCAAGCAGCAGCGCCACCCCGCCCGAGUCGUCCUCGUCUGGAGCAGCGACCUUCACCACCGGGGUGCUAACCCCGCUGCUGAGCGCCACCGUGUUCUCGGCGUCAUCCUCGCCAGCACCGUCACAACCACAGCAACCGCAACAGCAGAAGCCGCACAGUAGUGCUGCUGCUGGUCAUCAUAAUUCGCUGCAGCACCGCUCCUCGCCGUUUCUAAUUCCUCUCUUGCAGUUUACCCCACACGGUGCCUCCUCAGCACCAUCGCCGCCGCUGCCGCACGGAGCUGACGCAACAGCAACCGCCGCCAUUGCCGCCUCCCUCUCGUCCCUGCGACCUACGCCGCCGCUACCGCCGCCGCUGUCCUUUUCGUCCGUUGCUGUCUCGUGUUCGCCCGCACACGGCACGGAGGUGGAGAAGUCAUCCGCCCCGCGGAACGACGCAGCGACCAUCCCGUCGCCGUCACGCUCGCCGCCGCGCACGGCUGCUGCGCUACGGCCGAAGGCGUCUGCCUCGCGGAACUCGAGCGACAGCCCUGGCACGGACGGCGCGGGCAGUCUCACCAACCUCCCCCACCUCCUCCCCACCGCCGCCGCUGCGGCUACGGCAGAUGCCCAGCGGACGACGGAGCAGGUGAAUGAGGCAGCGCGCUUUGUUCUCUCAGGCCCUGCGAUUAUGGCAGCGCCGGCCGUCCACGCGACCGCGAUGCCGCCACGCCUCCUUGUCUUGCCGGAGUGGCCGGCGGUCGAGGCACACGAGCGGAUGUGCUCCCACCCCUGCAGCCCCAUCAACGCCGAUCGGCCUCUUCGGCGGUCCGCGAAGGGUGGUGCGGUCGACAAAGCUGCGGCAAGAGGAGGCGUGUCGUCGCCUCUACAGCAGCAGCAGCAGCAGCAGCAGCAGCGCGCCAACGGUCGCCGCCCUGCGUGUGCUGUUCCGCCCUCUCCGCAGGAGCUGAGCAGUGUCCUUUCCACCGGCAGAAGCAGCGGCAGUCCGGUUGGGAGUACGGUGCAGCUGGCUAGCUUGUCGCCCAUCGCCGAGUUGGCCAUUCCAAGACCACGACGCACGACAGCAGAGACAAACGUGCCUCACAGCAGCAACGACGACAAGAGCAAGAACAGAAGCGAGACUUCACCGCUGCCCCGCGAUCCACACUUUAGCGGCGGCGGCGGUGCCUCCCCCGUGUUGUUCCGCAGCAUCGCCGGCCUGUCGAGCGGUGCGCAUUCAUUCCCGCACUGCGGCGAGGCCACCGCCUACACUGGCGGGGUGCACAGAGCAGCAACCACAACCACGACAACGACAAUGACAACGAUGAAGCCGGCGGCCAUGUCGGUGCCCCGCUGCGUGGGCAGCGGCAUGUCCCCCCGUCCGCCGCCCGGCGCCACAACCAUCACCUUCACCUCCGUAGCAGCCGCAGCAGCCGCGAGCAACGCUACUAACACGCCGUUUACGAGUUUCAGCCGAGUCUCGCCGGUCUUCACUGGGCUCGCCACCGCCACUCCCGGCAUGACCAGCAUCUCGGCACACCGCACCCACCAGAGUAGCGGCAGCAGCCCGACGGCGGCGGCAGUGGCGCUAAUGAUGGAGGGGACGCAUUCGUUGCCUGUCUCUUCGCCGCUUCUCGCGCACCGCGCCUUCGGCUCUGUGUCGUCGGCCUCUUCUAUGGGGGCGUUUGUGUUGCAGGGAAGCACUACCGCCAUGAUGAUGCGUCACGGCGCUCCGCACUGUGUGACGCAGCUGUCGUUGCCGGACCAAAGCACGAGCAGCAACAGCAACAUCAUCCGCGGUCGCAGCUCCAGCUCCAUCACGACGAGCGGGGAGGAAGACGGCACCUUCGCGAGCACGGAGCACAUCAACGGCGGUGGCGAUGCUGAUGCCGAGGAAGAUCUGAUGUCGUCCGUCACCCACUGCGCCAAUCGCCGCGCUGUGCAGUUGAUGAAGCGUGGGAGGCGGGCUGGGGGGAAGCGGCGGAGCAACAGCCGUCGACGCCGCAGCUGGCUGACGCCGGGAACCGCGAUCGAGCUCGCCAUCGUGCGCGGCGCCUACACGCGCCGCCCCUCCACGGUGUCUCUCCUCAAUUGUGGCCGGGGAAUGAUCAGCGUGAUGGGGCGUAGCGGCGGGCUCUACGGCGCCCCGCAGCGGUCGUGGGUGGAUGGCGAGCCGAUGGAGGUGUCGCUGUCCUGCGCCGCCAGCUUUACCGCCUCCUCCACCUCCGCCUCUGCGUCGUACGUCUCUUCCUCCUUUGGGUCGGUGCCGCAGGAGUGUCUCGUACAUGGCCACCCCGGUGGGCCGGACACGUGGGUGGGCGGGGAAGCAGACGGCAGCCACCACAGCGCCAACAGUAAGGGAGCAGCCAUGCGCCACUGUCCGGGCGUCACCCGCACCGCCGUGCCGUCCUCCUCGCCGGCGGACCACCCUGUCGAUGCGGAAGCUGCUCAAACAGCGAAAGAGGACGACAACGGAGGAGGCGACGGAGGGUCCUCUUCGGAUGUCCCGUGUGAUCUGUAUGCUGCCGCCCCCAAACACUAUCACUUCUAUCGUACAAAGCCCUGCGGAGAUCCGUCGCAGCAGCAGCAGCAACCGCUGUCGCAGCAGCGCGAGAAGCGCCACCACCGCUACGUACGUGUUCACCACCGGCGACGUCAACGCUCGAUGCCAGCGCCGUUGCUGAACGGCAAACGCUUGUUGGCACCCGAUGAUGCGAGUCGCAGCACAGGAGCUGCAACGGCAGCUGCACCGUCUAGCCUCCGACAGGAGCCGGCGACCGCUGAUGCAGCGGGAAGAAACGCGGUGAUGGUGCACGCGACACGUCGGACAGGCACGUCGCCACUGGUCGAGUCCACAGCGACAGCAGCAGCAGCAGCACGCAAAGCCUUCACCUCACCCCCCACGUCUUCUUUCGCGUCAUCCGCCUCCGCCCGGGCGGUGUUCAGCCCUCACCUCUCCACCACGUCGCUGCUGUACUUCGACGACGUCGACAGCGACGCGGUGGACGAUGUGUACUACCAGCUGGAGAAGCGGCUCUUUCCGGUGAAGGCGGAGCAGGAGGUGCGGCGGCGCUCUUCCCUCGCACACCACGCCUCACCGGAUGCAAUCCACAACGGUGGCAAGAGCAAGAACAUCAACAGUGCGGGUGAAGAAAAGAUUGAUUCACUCUUUACAGUGCUCGACGUACCGCUCCGGCUGAACCUGCGAGGCGGCUUUCACCUGUCCGACUACUACGCACCGUGUCCAGUGUGUCACCCGGUCAUGCGGAAGCUCGCCGCGGCGGUGCCCGCCUCCUCCACCUCCUCCACCGUCACGACGUCAAACGGCGCGAACAUCUGCGUGAAGAGCGGGAAUCGCACCGACAGCCGCGAGGGGGUGUGCAGCUGCUCCCGCUGCAGUAGCUGCUCCUCCUCCUCCUCGCUCUCGUCCUUCUCCACGUGCUCCGACGUUGAGGAGGGCAUUUCGCACCACACGCCCAGCAGCGGCAGUGCGAAGAAUCCGGUGGGCUCGCCGAACGGGUCGUCCUCGACCACCUACACCGCCCCCUCCACCCCCUCCGCAGCGUCGGUGCUGUCGUCGGUGAUAUCGGCAACCGGGAUCGGCUUCGCGUUUGGCUCUGGGGCCCGACUAACGAGCGUGGCGCCGCCGCCCUCGCAGCGCUUCACUUUGAGCAACAACAACAACAACAACAACAGUCUGGUCGGGGUCCCGCGUAUUAGCAGCCGAGACAGUCUUCGCAGCCGCUCUCCCGCAGCCGUUGCGGCGGCUCCACACGCCCUUGCGCUCCCGAACCAGUGCGGCGUCCCCACCGGCACGGGUGUCGUCGUCGCAUCGGGGGGCAGCCACAUGAACACGAGUGCGAGUAACAAUAACAGCAAUGGAGGCAGCAGCAACAGCGCGGCGGGUGCCUCGCCGAAGGACGCUGAGAUCGGCGUCUCACCUACGAUACCGUCGCCGCACCCGGUGAAGGACAUCCCUGCAGCACCGUGGCGGUAUCGACCAGACGGAGACGAGGGUCCACGACAGACUCCCGGCGAGGCGCGCGACACGCCCGCUGCGGGCACUGCAGGUGCGGAACAGCCAAGCACUGCGCGUGUAACGAAGCCGUCCACCGCAACAGCAGCAACAUCCGCUGACAGAAGCCCGUGUAAAGUCAACAGUACGAUGCGUCCCCGGCAGGCCUUCUCUUUCAUUCGGCAGCACGGCGAAUCCUCAGCGCGUGACCCGUUGAUGGCCGUGACGUCGACCUCUGCGGACGCGUCCCCGCAGCAGACGCAGACGCAGUGCCCCUCCCUCCCGCCCUUCGGCAACGGCCCGUACCCGGCAACCGCCUCCGCCUCGCACAGUGUGUGCAUCAGCCACGUCAUGCGCUUCUCCUCCGCCAUGCCGAGCAUGUCUGCACGGCGCGAAAGCCAAUCCCAGACUGCAGGCGGGGUGUCGAUGUCGGCCCGGCACCUCGCCCGCUACCGACGCACCCGCCCGCGCCACCGCCCCGCUCUGGCCGUGGCACGCCGUCGCGGCCUUUAUGCCGGGGCGGCCCUUCACUCGCAGGGCAGCGGCGUGAUGACGCAGCGUCUGUUGUGUGUACGCGUCAACGACAAAUUCACCUACAUCGAUCCAAAGCGGGCAACCGGGGCAGCGAAGCUCGUCGCCGAUGCGGCGCUGCUCGCCGAGCGACAGAAGCACCAAGCCCAACGGCGGGAGCGGCGACACGAUGAGAAGGCCCAACGGAAGCGACAGCAAAAGCAGCUUGCAGCAGCAGGUGGUGGUGGCAUUCAUGGAAAGGACGGGAAGUCGCAGCGAGUACAGGAAGGAUGUCCAUUAGCAGCUGACGACGAGCCGGUAGGAACGUACUGCCGGCACUGUCACCGCCUCCGUCGGCCACACCCGCGUCAGGACGAUCAUCCAGCUUUGGCAGGGGCGAGCCGCAAGCAUCACCGCUCUCGGCGCAGCACAGCGACCGUGGAUGGCGGCAGCAACAACGUCAAGGCUGCCACACCCGCCCGUAGCCACCAUCACCUCCACCGACGCACCAAAGGUCCUGGCAGCGACCACGACAGCGAUCUUUUAUCUCAAAACGUCAGCGGGGGAUGGAAGAUGCAUGGGAGCGCACCCGCACCGCGAAGAGGAGGCGGAAGAGGGCUGGCCGCCACGACAACACCGGUGUUGGCUACAGCAGCAUCGGAGAUUGACCUCAACAGUGAGAGCACACGCAGCGGCAGCGCCUUCGCCACACCGACGCAGCAGCUGCAACAGCAGCAGCAACGCAUCUUUGGAGAUGGCCUUGCGUGCUUCGCGGCGCAGCAGAGCCCGGCGCAGAAGGCACCGAACCCGGCCCGCACGUUUACUGAGGGCGCGUUGGCCUCUGCACUGCGCCGAUCGGACGGCGCCACCGCGAGCAAGUCGGGCGCGUUGCACUGUCACGUGGUGGCCAACGAAGGCUCGCCUAGACCCCAGCGCGGUCCCCUCUCCAGCCGCACGGCGGGGCGUCUCCCGCAGCAACGGCCGCGGAGCUCUGCCUCGUACUGCUCACUGGACGGCAGUCGUGCGUCGGCGAUGGCCGCGCCGUGUGCGUUGCACGGCAACGUCAGCGUGGCCGCCAACGGCGCCUCGCUCGUGCGUAGCAGCAGCGGUAGUGACGUCAGCGAGGCAGCAGCGGCGGAGAGGCGCGAGCGCGGUGCGCAGAGCGUGCACCUCAACGAACGUGCGACCGCUACCGGGGGGUGGACAGCACACGAGUCGCGCCCAACGACGAUGCUGCGCUCCGCGGGGGACGUCCAUCACAUGUUCCCCAUGCCGCGUCAGUCAAGCGACUCCGCUCUGCUGUCGGCCUUCGCGAUCGCGGAUCGGCUUGGGACGCUGGAGUCGGCACGCAUGAGUGACGCGGAGCCGGACAACGUGGUGGACGAGGUGGGGCGCGGGAGCGAGACGUCGCUGGGUCCGCUGUUCUACAACUGUGUCCCGCCGCGCGGCCCUGGCGACGCCCGCCACGGUGGUGGUGGUGGUGGAAGUGGAGGGGAGUUGAAGAGCACAAGUGGUGGAAUGAACCCGGCACGGAGCAGCAGCGUUGCCUACCCGCGGCCCGCGUGCCACUCCGGCAACCGCGAAGGUCGGCGCUCCGGUCGGAUGGCGGCACCGAUGUCGUCGUCGGACAUGGCCGAGAUGCUGUACUCCGUCAGCUCGCAUAACUUGCAGCUUCAUGUGUUGAGCAGCGGGUGCAGCCACAGUGCCCUCUCCACCCCUCCGCCCGCCUACCCGCUAAGCCUGACCACGAACUACACGAACAGUAGUGUCAAUACCACGACCACGACGACGACGACCACCACCACCACCGCCGUGAACAAGAGCUGGAACCCGCACAGCAGCACCAGUCUGCAAAACUGCAACGACACCACACGGGCAGAGGCGUCGUCGAGUACGGUCGGUGAUGGCUGGCAGGGCCACCGCAACGCCCCCCACUCUGUCACGUCAUCCUCUCUCGUGAUGCCAUUCCCAACGCCGGGUGCUCCAAACAGCUUCGGGGCGAACUUGCCAUCUCGAUCGGACUCCCCGUCCGCGAUGCCGCCGCAGGACACGAGCGGGACGCCGCAACAGCAGCUGCGUAGCCGCCCGCGCCGCUCUCGCUCGCCGUUGCCGUCUGCACGAUCGCGCCGCUCGCUGACGAGUGUGAGCUGCUACCUCCAGCAACACAAUCAGCACCAUAGCAGUCAUCCCCACCAUCGCCCGCGUCUCCACCCCUCCUCGACGAGUGCGCCGCCCGACUCCGACGUGUUGGAAGAGGAUCUGCUCAACACGGCCAUGUCGGCCUACCCGGAUUUUUCAGUUCGACAAGACUCGUCCGCAGCUCUUCGGCGGCAGCAGCAACCAUAA